AUGAGGGUCAACGAGAAGUACUCGACGCUCCCGGCCGAGGACCGCAGCGUCCACAUCAUCAACAUCUGCGCCAUCGAGGAUAUCGGCUACCUGCCGUCCGAGGGCACGCUGCUGAACUCCUUGUCUGUGGACCCGGACGCCGAGUGCAAGUACGGCCUGUACUUCCGCGACGGCAAGCGCAAGGUGGACUAUGUCCUGGUGUACCACCACAAGAGGGCCUCGGGCGGCAGGACGCUGGCCAGGAGGGCCCAGCACGGCGACGCGGGCCCAGCCGCCCGCAGCGCCCGGCAGGACCAGCCCCUGCCGGGGAAGGCGGGCCCCCUGGGCGCGGGCGAGCCCGAGCCGCCGCUGGACUACCACGAAGAUGACAAGCGCUUCCGCCGGGAGGAGUACGAGGGCAACCUGGUGGAGGCCGGCCUGGAGCUGGAGCGGGACGAGGAUACAAAAAUUCACGGGGUUGGAUUUGUAAAAAUCCAUGCACCCUGGAAUGUGCUGUGCCGAGAAGCCGAGUUUUUGAAGCUGAAGAUGCCGACAAAGAAGCUGUAUCACAUCAGCGAGACUCGUGGCCUCCUCAAGAAGAUCAACUCUGUGCUCCAGAAGAUCACAGACCCCAUCCAGCCUAAGGUGGCGGAGCACAGACCCCAGACCACCAAGAGGCUCUCCUACCCCUUCUCCCGGGAGAAGCAGCACCUAUUUGAUCUGUCUGACAAGGAUUCCUUUUUCGACAGCAAAACUCGGAGCACGAUAGUCUACGAAAUCCUGAAGAGAACAACGUGUACGAAGGCCAAGUACAGCAUGGGCAUCACGAGCCUGCUGGCCAAUGGUGUCUACUCGGCGGCCUACCCCUUGCAUGAUGGAGACUACGAAGGGGACAACGUGGAGUUCAACGACAGGAAGCUCCUGUACGAAGAGUGGGCGUGUUACGGGGUCUUCUACAAGUACCAGCCCAUCGACCUCGUCAGAAAGUAUUUUGGGGAGAAGAUUGGCCUGUACUUCGCCUGGCUGGGCGUCUACACCCAGAUGCUCAUCCCGGCCUCUGUGGUCGGCAUCAUCGUUUUCCUCUACGGAUGGGCCACUGUCGAUGACAACAUCCCCAGCAUGGAGAUGUGCGACCAGAGACACAACAUCACCAUGUGCCCGCUCUGCGACAGGACCUGCAGCUACUGGAAGAUGAGCUCCGCGUGCGCCACCGCCCGCGCCAGCCACCUCUUCGACAACCCCGCCACCGUCUUCUUCUCCAUCUUCAUGGCCCUCUGGGCUGCCACCUUCAUGGAGCACUGGAAGCGGAAACAGAUGCGGCUCAAUUACCGCUGGGACCUCACAGGCUUCGAGGAGGAGGAGGAGGCUGUCAAGGACCAUCCCAGAGCCGAAUAUGAAGCCCGAGUUCUGGAGAAGUCUCUUAGGAAAGAAUCCAAAAACAAAGAGAAGCGCCGGCACCUUCCGGAGGAGCCCACAAACAAGUGGAGGCAGAGGGUUAAGACCGCCAUGGCGGGGGUGAAAUUGACGGACAAGGUGAAGCUGACCUGGAGAGACCGGUUCCCCGCCUACUUCACCAAUUUGGUCUCUAUCAUCUUCAUGAUUGCCGUGACGUUCGCCAUCGUCCUCGGCGUCAUCAUCUACAGAAUCUCCACGGCCGCUGCCUUGGCCAUGAACUCCUCCCCGUCCGUGCGGUCCAACAUCCGGGUCACGGUCACGGCCACUGCAGUCAUCAUCAACCUGGUGGUCAUCAUCCUCCUGGACGAGGUGUACGGCUGCAUAGCCAGAUGGCUCACCAAGAUAGAGGUUCCAAAGACGGAGAAGAGCUUUGAGGAGAGGCUGAUCUUCAAGGCUUUCCUGCUCAAGUUCGUCAACUCCUACACCCCCAUCUUCUACGUGGCUUUCUUCAAAGGCCGGUUUGUCGGACGCCCGGGCGACUAUGUGUACAUUUUCCGAUCUUUCCGGAUGGAAGAGUGCGCCCCGGGGGGCUGCCUGAUGGAACUCUGCAUCCAGCUGAGCAUCAUCAUGCUGGGGAAGCAGCUGAUCCAGAACAACCUGUUUGAGAUCGGCAUCCCGAAAAUGAAGAAGUUCAUCCGCUAUCUGAGGCUGAAGCACCAGAGCCCCUCGGACCACGACGAGCACGCGAAGAAGAAGCAGCGGUACGAGGUGGACUACACGCUGGAGCCCUUCGCGGGCCUUACCCCGGAGUACAUGGAGAUGAUCAUCCAGUUCGGCUUCGUCACGCUGUUUGUCGCGUCCUUCCCGCUGGCCCCGCUCUUCGCGCUCCUGAACAACAUCAUUGAGAUCCGCCUGGACGCCAAAAAGUUCGUCACUGAGCUCCGAAGGCCAGUGGCCGUCAGAGCCAAGGACAUCGGAAUCUGGUACAAUAUCCUCAGAGGCGUCGGGAAGCUUGCCGUCAUCAUCAACGCGUUUGUGAUCUCCUUCACGUCCGACUUCAUCCCUCGCCUGGUGUACCUCUACAUGUACAGUGAGAACGGGACCAUGCACGGCUUCGUCAACCACACCCUCUCUUCCUUCAAUGUCAGCGACUUCCAGAACGGCACAGCCCCCAACGACCCCCUGGACCUGGGCUAUGAAGUGCAGAUCUGCAGGUACAAGGACUACCGGGAGCCACCAUGGUCAGAACACAAGUAUGACAUCUCCAAGGACUUCUGGGCCGUCCUGGCCGCCCGGCUGGCCUUCGUCAUCGUCUUCCAGAACCUGGUCAUGUUCAUGAGCGACUUUGUGGACUGGGUCAUCCCCGACAUCCCCAAGGACAUCAGCCAGCAGAUCCACAAAGAGAAGGUGCUCAUGGUGGAGCUGUUCAUGCGGGAGGAGCAGGGCAAGCAGCAGCUGCUGGACACGUGGAUGGAGAAGGACCGGAAGAAGGCGGAGCCCUGCAACAACCACAGCCCCGCCCCCGCCGCCCCACCCCCGCCCCCGCCCCCGGACGGCCCCGACUUCCCCGGAGGCUCCCUGUAG